CGCUGCGAGUGGCGGCGCGGGAUGGAGCCGCCGGCCAAGGAGGGGCCGUUGUUCGUGCAGCACAGCAACAAGUUCGGCGCCAAGCGGUGGAAGCGGGGCUGGUUCGCGCUGUUCCCGGCCAGCCAGCACGGCGUCGCUCGCCUGGAGUUCUUCGAUUGCAAAGACGCGGCGGGUCCGGCCGGGCGGUUGGGUACGCGGCGCCUGGACAAGACGGUGGUGCGCCUGGCGGACUGCACCAGCGUCACCCCAGCGCCCUCCGAGAGCGGCCCCCGGGCCGGCACCGCCGCCUUCCGCCUGGAGACCAGCGGCCGCAGCUACCUCCUGGCGGCCGAGCAGCAGCAGAGCGAGGAGUGGGUGGCCAAGCUGUGCGAGAUCGCCUUCCCGAGGAAUGGCUCCAGAAAUGCUACUGUGGCACUCCAGUGUUGUGGAGAGGGCAGCAGGGAGGCGCCAGUCCUGGAGAUGGCUGUGAACUCUAUCUACUAUUCGAGAGAUGAAGUGAAUGCCUUCUGGGUGACGGUGCAGCGGACUGAGGCUGCGGAGCGGUGCGAGCUGCGUGGUUCCUACGUGCUCAAGGCUGAACGUGACAGCCUCAUCCUGAAGGACCCACGGACCAGUGAGAUCCUCUACGUCUGGCCCUACCGGCUACUCCGGAGAUACGGCCGGGACAAGGUAAUGUUCUCCUUUGAAGCUGGCAGGCGCUGUGAUUCUGGACCAGGGAACUUCACCUUCGAGACCAAGCAGGGCAAUGAGAUCUUCCGCUUGGUGGAAGCCUCCAUCCGGGAACAGAAAGCUCAGGUGGAGGAGAACCAGCAGAGCUGUGACUCGUUGGAAUCUGACAGCCCCAGUGUGGUGCUGCUUCGCCAGGCCUUGGCUGAUGCACUGAGCCUGGAGCAGCCCACGGAAGGAGAUGACGCUGCAGCAGCCAAGGCAGGCCUGGCACCCCGGCCUUCUGCUGCAGCAGAGGAGAGAGAUGCGAUAUCACUGCUGAAGACCCGGAUGCUGCCAGAGCCACCUGUGGUGCAGGCCAAGCCCCCCCUCACCAGCACCCCUCCACGCUCCCCUCUGCCCAAGGCACCGCGGGCUGUCCUGCCAGACAAGGAUCCCUCCAGCCUCUACUCAGAGCCUCUGGACUCCGUGAAGAGCUUCCGACCCAGGCCGGACCCGCUGUACGCAGACCCCAUUGACAGCAAGGCCGCGGGGGCUGCGGAGGGGGCGAAUCUCCGGGUGCCGUUCCCGGGUUCCUGUGAGCAGCUGCGUGCCGAGGGCUGCGGCCUGCCGCGGAAGGAGCACAUCUACGACGAGCCCGAGGGCUGCGCGCCCCGCAUGCUGCCUGCCGCCGCCGGCAUCUAUGACGAGGCACGGCCCAUAGGCGAGGCCUGGCGCACGCAGGGCCACGAUGGCAAGAGCGGCUACGAGUUCCCCUACAGCCCCAGUACUGAUGACUAUUCAGUUCCUGCCUUCAAGACCAAGGGCCCCAAGCCAGUGCCUGCUCCCAAGCCCCUGGCAACGUUCAUCUCCAAAUGUGCUGAAAGAAGUGAGGACCCUGGCAGGCGGCGAGGGAAUCUUGCUCCUGAGAAGGCGGCCGUCAAACCUGGCCUGAACAGCAGCAACAACAACAACACGGAGGUGCUGUACUGCCGGGUGAUGAAGCCCCAGCUUGGGCAGAGGAAGGAGCAGAGUGUGGAUGAGUGUAGCUUGUCUCCUGUCUAUGAGGACCUAGGAGAGAUAUAACUCUGUUCUGCUCUGCACCUGCCUGGGGGGCUUUGCGGCCCAAACUCAACAAGGAGUGGCACAGGCGGCUGUGUUCCAUGGCCUGGCACGGGGCUGGGGGCUGUGUGGGACGGGGCAGAGCCCCUCCCGCUCGUCAGCUCUGAGGGGCUUUGUCUCCUUGGGGCUGUUCCACACUCCCAGGCUCAGAGUGCACUGGUGCUGGUGCUGCUUGGCUCCAGAGCCAGCCUCGCUGACACCUGGUGGGGCAGGAGGGUGGGCUCUGCACUGUGCCUGCUGCUUUGACUCCAGAGGCUCUGGCUGUGCUAUGCCUUCCUCUCUAGGCCAGCCAUGGGACUAAGAGGCUCACUGCAGUGCCUGGGGGGCUGCUUGCCAUCAGUCUCCAAAAGUAUUUUUAUACCAAAUUAUUUUGAUAUUAAAAUUUGUAUGUCUUAUGAUGAA